GUGUCAAAUUACGUCAUCACGCACCCAUCCGACCUGUCCUUGAAGCUACAACACAAGCAAGAUGGUCGCAUACUGGAGACAGGCAGGCCUAAGCUAUAUCCGCUUCUCCGCUAUCUGCGCUAGCGCGGUGCGCGCUGCGCUGAAGCCGCAGUUCAAAACCGAAGCAGUGAGGGCCGCAGAGUCCAGCGUCAAAGUCCUCAAACCCAAAGUAACAGCAUAACGAUGUGAGACCUUGAUGUAGAUAGUUUUUUCCUGGAGUUGUGAGGUCCUGUCUCUGUUCUGUCCUACACACCAUGAAGAAGAAAGAUGGAUGAUAUCAAGAUGACCUGUUAGACCUGGGGACCGGAAUGAAAUUGCUGUUUAUUCCCUUUCAUUUGUAAUUAAAAUUGAAGAUGAAUAUCGGAAA